UGACUUAUCGGAAUGCUUCUUUUUUCUUCACAAGUUCCCUCCUUCCGUUUUAAAUAUUUUCUAGCAAGCUUAAAAUCCUAACCUUUUUACAUAAAAAUUAAAGUUAUUUUAUGACACUUGGUUGUUUCAUCUGAUUAAUAGAAAACCAUAUCAUUAUAUCGUGUAUUGUAUAAAAAUGAAUGGGGUAGUCCAUAUACAAAAUUCUGAAUCUAUACAGGAGAUUUCUGAGAAAUCAGUUCACUAUAUUCCUUGUAAAAUUCACGUGGAUGGAAGUGCUAAAGUUUCCCAGUAUUUUUUGUCUUCAACAAAUAAAGAUGGUGAACUUGAGGCAUCAUUUCGAGGUCAUCCAUUAAAAGGUAAAAUUGUAGAACUUCCAAAAGGAUAUAAAGGCUUAAUAUUAGAAGAAACAAUACACGUUAGUGAGGAUCAAGAAAGAACACUUCAUGUGACAAAAACUUUCAGUGAACUUACCUACUGGAAUUGGGAUAAAGUGCCUACAAAAAAUGAUAUGUUUUUAGCUGCAAUGGACUGGAUAGAUAUAGCUGAUGCUUUACACUCACCUGUAGAUGAAGUAUAACAGUUUUAGAACAUCAAAGAUUCAUUGGAUCAAAAACUGUCAACCGAAGUUCAAAUAUUCAUUUCAUUAUAAUCUGAAGAUGUUAUUACCUUCAACACACUUGUUUUAGACAAGAUUAUACCAAAUGUUUGUAAAUAAAGUACAUUUUUAAUACAAAA